GUCACCAUGAUGGGCCUUAGCCCCUCGGCGGGCGAUGUCGUCACGAUAAGCGUCACCGCGACGACCGCGACGUCAGCCACGGUGGUCAUUACCAACGAGAGCACGAACCAGACGGUCUCCCAGGUCGUCACUACCGGCAAUCUGUGCAUGGAGGAGGCAGACUGGCUCGUAGAGGACUUCGAAGUGGACGGGUCCCUUACCACCUUAGCCGACUUUGACGAGAUCAAGUUCACUGAUGUAUCUGCCGGGACCGCCAGGGGUUCUCUCGACAUCUCUGGCGCGACCAUUUUGAACAUAGAGCAGAACGGCACUGUUCUUACUGCCGUCUCGUCCUCACGCUCGACCGUCGAUAUCGUCUACGUUUAAUGCGGCAGAAAGGAUGUAGGACUGGUAUUUAUUUAACACUGCUUGUAUUGCUGGAUGAAACACGCAAGAACUCUGAA